GGAUCGCCGUCUGCAACAUCCCCUCGGCCGCCGUGGAGGAGACGGCCGACUCCACCGUCUGCCACGUCCUCAACCUUUACCGGCGGAACACGUGGCUGUACCAGGCGCUGCGGGAGGGGACGCGGGUGCAGAGCGUGGAGCAGAUCCGGGAGGUGGCCUCCGGGGCCGCCCGCAUCAGGGGAGAGACGCUCGGCCUCAUCGGCUUCGGUCGCACUGCGCAGGCGGUCGCGGUCCGAGCCAAGGCGUUUGGCUUCAACGUGAUAUUUUAUGACCCGUACCUGCAGGAUGGGAUAGAGAGGUCCCUGGGAGUCCAGCGGGUCUACACGCUCCAGGACCUGCUCUAUCAGAGCGACUGUGUCUCGUUGCACUGUAACCUUAACGAACAUAACCACCACCUCAUCAACGACUUCACGAUUAAGCAGAUGAGGCAGGGAGCGUUCCUGGUGAACACGGCGCGCGGGGGGCUGGUGGACGAGAAGGCCUUAACCCAAGCCCUGAAGGAAGGACGGAUACGAGGGGCUGCGCUUGAUGUGCACGAGUCGGAACCGUUUAGUUUUGCUCAAGGCCCAUUGAAAGAUGCUCCUAAUUUAAUCUGUACUCCCCACACCGCUUGGUACAGCGAGCAGGCGUCACUGGAGAUGAGAGAAGCUGCUGCUACUGAGAUCCGACGCGCGAUCACAGGGCGCAUCCCAGAAAGCCUAAGGAACUGCGUGAAUAAGGAAUUCUUUGUCACAACAGCUCCGUGGUCAGUAAUAGAUCAGCAAGCGAUUCAUCCAGAGCUCAAUGGUGCCACGUACAGGUAUCCCCCUGGGAUGGUCAGUGUCGCACCGGGAGGAAUACCGGCAGCUAUGGAGGGCAUCAUUCCUGGAGGCAUCCCCGUUACUCACAACCUUCCCACGGUGGCACAUCCUUCCCAAGCUCCAUCUCCAAACCAACCCACAAAACAUGGGGACAACAGGGAACAUCCCAACGAGCAAUAGCAGAUAAUUUAAAAUAAAAAAUAAAUAAAAAAAUCAUUCAAUAAACUUGGGACCAAGAGACAUUGGAAAA